UAGCAAGUCUCUUAGAAGAGAACAAAUUCUUGAGAUUUCAUUCUCCUGCUAGGACAACUUCCAUUGGAACAAUGAAGUCGUGCGCUCUUCUUGUGCUUUUGGUGCUCUUUGCCGCUGUUGUCAUAGAAGACACAUCCGGGCAAGCUGUAGCGUAUGCCACGUGCAACUGCUGUGGUCACGAGUGUAGCAGCGACCAUGGGAGUUGCGAGUGCGGCGGAAUUCCACCCAACUGCUACUGUGCUGCAGCUGAUCACACAACAAGAGAACUGAUCCAGUCUCCUGCUACGACAACUUCCAUUGGAACAAUGAAAUCGUGCGCUCUUCUUGUGCUCUUGGUGCUCUUUGUUGCUGUUGUCAUAGAAGACACAGCCGGACAAGGUAUAGCGCGUGCUACAUGCACCUGCUGUGGCCAGAUAUGUCAUACCGACAGUGGGACUUGCACGUGCGGCGGAGUUGCACCCAACUGCUACUGUAUUGCAAUUGAUUACACAACAAGAGGACCCCCUUCUCCAGCGACUCCAUGACCAGUGAACAUACGGAAGAAAACAGGAAACUUCUCACUCAGCUAAAUGUAAAGCUGCUGUAUUUGGACUUUUUUGUGAAUUUUGAGUUCAACAAUAAAUGGUCAUAAUAAAGAAUGUAGUAAAUACGCUGUAUUUACUGCAUUGCCAA